CCAAUGGCGCUGCAAAUGUCCAAGCUGCCAUUGUUUCGCCGUUGCGGAUGGCUUAGUUCCAGCAAUGGAGUCUUCUUAUCCGAACAUAGUUAUCUCUCUCAGCAACCAGUGACAUGCACCAAGGCUCGUAAGAAUUGUUCCAUACGAAGCUUCGCUACUCUAAAAUCAGGAAAAGUUAUACCACCGAAGAAGAAGAAGAGACUAGAUGAAGUAUGUCUUGAAAGGUUUCAGCAGUAUAGUCGAAACUACAUUCAAUCAUGGAUCCUACAAGGCAAGGUAAUUGUUGACGGAAAAGUUGUACUUAAAGCUGGACACCCUGUCUCUGACAAAGCCAUCGUGGAGAUCAAGGCUGAAAUUCCGAAAUAUGUAUGUAGAGCAGGACAUAAGUUAGAAGCUGCCAUUGAACAAUUAGGCAUCGAUGUUGCUGGAAAAGUGGCUCUUGAUUCGGGGCUGUCAACUGGAGGGUUUACCGAUUGCUUGCUUCAGUAUGGUGCUUCUUUUGUUUAUGGCGUUGAUGUAGGAUAUGGACAGGUGGCAGAUAAAGUUCGUCGGGAUGAGCGUGUAUCUGUUAUUGAAAGAACAAACUUGAGAUAUCUUUCUGAACUUCCUCAGAAAGUUGACUUGGUGACGUUGGAUCUUUCAUUCAUUUCUAUACUUGUGGUCAUGCCUGCUGUUAUUAGUCUGAUGAAAGAAGAAGCUACAUUAGUUACGCUGAUUAAACCUCAAUUUGAGGCUCGUAGAUCACAAGUGGGAGGAGGUGGAAUUGUGAGAGACCCCUCGGUUCAUCAAGAGGUGCGUGAGAAGAUCAUCAAGGGUGUCGAAGAUCUUGGAUUCAAAUGUAACGGGUGGAUAGAGUCUCCUUUAAAGGGUGCGGAAGGAAACAUAGAAUUCUUGGCUUGCUUUAGCAGAUCAAAUGAGAAAAACGUUAAAGAAUCACCAGUUACAACAACAACAACGGUGUAGAUUUAUUAUAAUGUGUUCUUUACACUAGAAGAAACGUUGGUAAGUCUUUGGUGUUUUAUGUUUUAGGUUAACGAGAAGCGUACUAUGUUGUAGCAUACAGUAAUCGAGUACCAACUAAAAUUAAAUUA